GGAUUUCGCCGACCAACGACUCAUCGUCCAGAAAAUCAGGCGCCUUAUACGGGGAAGUACGCCACAUGCAAAGGAGGCAGGAGCUUUUUGUUUCGAUUUUCGACAAGCUGAGCAGAGCCAAGAGGCGCGAAAAUGAAACCUUUCCUUUUCGCCCGCUUGCGGGGUCCUUCACUAGUCGACAUGUGCACAUUUUUCCUUCCCCGUCGUCGUUGCUUUUUGUUCCGGAAUGUACAGGGAGCUGGGAUUGCUACCAGCGUAUCCGUCCGCCAGGUGUAGAGUUGCCUUUUCCGGUGUCCAGUUCGUCUCGGCACUUGCCCUCUUUGUCUAGCGGAAAGUAACCACUCAGACAACGAUUUUUCUUCCACUAUUCCCCUGGGUUUCGCGAACUCUCAGCACAGUCGGCUUUAGGCGCGUCCGUCCCCUCAGUUUUCGUUCCACACCGAUACGGGGAACGGCCGCGAAAGACCGCCUUUCCUGUUGACGUUCUUGCGGACGAAUUCCCUCGUGCCUUCUUCCUGACAGUUCUCCACCGUUUCUGUCAGGACUCCCCUCGUCGUUGUGUACGCACUCUCUCGAAAAGAGGCGGGUCACCUGGUCUCACACUGCACGCUCGACAGAGAGAGCGCGGGCCGCUCGGACGACGACCACAGACUUCAGUCACUCGUUUUCCCUCGGCUUCCGCAUCUAGGCGCAUCUGUCUCUCGAGAGAUUUUUGAAUUGUGCCGCGUUUCUUCGUGGGAGUGUGUGCCUGGCGCUUUGGCGCGGCUGAAGACGUCCACGGUUUCUGUUUUUCACCUUCUGAGGGUCGUAAAAGAGUCGGAAGGGCGCGCGUGUCACCGGACUCUUUUCUGCGGCGCCUUUCUUCUCACGUUUCCUCACUUUCCCCAGAAUAUGCAGUUUUGAGAACGUCCGGCUGUCGCUCUCUCAUCAAGAGCAAGAACCGUUUAAACUUCUCAAGAGCAAGGAGAGCUGUUUCUCUGUCUCUUCUGAACUUUACUGACGGGAACCUUCGCUGUUUUUUCUCCAAAGAAUCCUCGAGAGGUGCGCAAGAUCCAUCGCCGCACGGUCGCUUCUCUCUCUGCCGUGCAAGGAGGAGUUUCUGUCCCUCACCGACCUCUCCCAAAACAGUCUUAACGUCUUCGUGGAUACCUUUUGCCCACUUUGUUUUGCAACUGUUUUUUCGUGGCUGCAUGCAUAGAACGAAGCCAAGGAGGAGAACUCUUCUCAGUCUAAUCGCGUUAGCAGCACUGUUCUUUGUGGUGGUCACAGCCAGGAUACCCAGUUGAGAAACUGGUUAAGAAAAAAACGGUAAACUUGCCUCUCACCACCGAAAAAAAUCUUGUGGGCCGUGGGUCCCUGUCUGCACUCACGCGCUGUUUACCUGUGGCUUACCCCUUUCUCCCAUCCUUUUGCUCCGCCAUUGUGUCAGGUCUCUUGCUCCUCCAGAAAUUUCUCACGUCUCUUUGUUUUCCGUCUCCAAUUUUAAGCUUCCUUCUCCUCAACUCAAAUGCUGUAUGCCUUUUGCGCCUCGUGUUCGCUCUUCUAAGAGUCUGCUCGUGUUUUUGUCCCCGUUUCUGCAUGCGUCGUCGGAGGUUUCCCGACCUCCUCUAGUUCUUUGUCAAGUUCGACGUUGCCCUCUCCUAGCCACGCAAAGUGCACUGCAUACGGACAUUUCCCUUUGUGUUCUGCUCAGCAUUUCUUAUUCCUUUUCAGCCACAGAAGCGUCCAUCCGGUCCGUCCUUUCUCCUCGCGAGACCCCUCUUUUUGUGUGUUCUUUUCGGUCCCCUUCUCCUCUCGUUUCCUACGCACUGAUCUGGACGCUCACUGAGAGCGAGCAGUCACCGCGUUCCCCUGUUGCCAGAUAGGGCACAAAGAUGCCCAUCAACAAAAGCGGUCUCCUUCGCGUGCGUCGACCUCUCUGCCGUCCCCGCUUUGCCGCGCUCUCCGUAUGUUGUCUGUCUUCUCUUCCCUGCUGCGUCUGCUCCGUCCGCAACUCCUUCGCCUCCUUGGGAGGCAUCGCUUCGUUCUCCCACAGACCAGCACUGGCGGGUCCGACACCAGAUGGAAGAAGGUAAUUCCGUGACCAAGUCUUGCCAGUCGGGUCGCAGAGACGAAGCCGUUCCUGACUGUUCAGUAGCGAAGGCAGAUUCCUCCGAGUCUUCUUCUCAUCAAGUGCCGUCGGUGCCUCAUUCCUUCUGUUCCAUCUCUUCUGCAUCUCCUUCCUGCCCUGCUUCUUUCUCUGUCACUUCUUCCUCUCCGACGUCCUCGAUUUCUUCGAGUUCUUCUUCUACCACCGGUUUUCCGACUUCCUCGUCCUCGCUCUGUUCGCCGACAUUUCCCGCCGUUGUGUCACCGUCUGCUGCAUCAACGUCCUCUUCUUCCGUCUGCUUCGCAUCCGAACGGCGUCGUUUUCCAGGCAGAGACGCGGCGACGAAGAGUCGUCUUUGUUUUCCCCGGUUGAGUCCGCAAACGCGGGAGACGGGGGCGUCUGGGGACGCGCAGACGCUUGCGGGAGAUCGCGCUCUGUUUGACGGCAUGCAGACAAUAAUUCCGGAAGCCUUGUCGGAGUCCGCCGCGGUGGCCGCGCCCGAAGGCAGGGAAGCAAAGGGACUGAACGAUACGCGAGAGGCGACGCGCCCAAGUUCUGUUGCGGAGCUUCUGUCCGACGCAGAGUUGCUUGGCGGGGAGGCCGGCGAGCGGUCCACUUGCUCUUUGAAGGCGAGAGAGUCCCGCGGAAGAAAGAUUUUUGCGUCUCUGCAUGCAGCGGCAGAGCGCAGCCUCGGAGAGGCAAGCGCUGGAACGCGCGAAGGCCCUAAAGAACAGCAGGACAAAGAUCCGCGGAACGAAAGGACUCUCCACACUGCCUCGGCAGAGAGUGAGAGGUCGGUGCACACGAGGGAGAAGGGCAGAGAGGGAAGGGAGGUCGAAGGGCUGUCAGACCAGAGGGGACAAGGGGGAAGAGAGAGAAGCGAGGAACGCGGAUGUGGAGAAACAAACGCGGAGGAGAAGGACGAAGGUCGGGGGACGGAGACGGACAGUCUGAAUGCCGGUGGCGAGAAUGCGGAUGCGUUUCAGAAGGGCAAGACCGAGUGUGAGGAGCCACGAAAUGAGAGCGAUCGUCACACGUCGCCUCUGUCCUCGGUGUCGAUGGGCUGUGCUUCUACUCCGAGAGCGGAGUCUCGAAGCGACGCAAGAUCCGAGGAGACAGAAGAAACGGAGGACAAGCUGUCUCUCUCUUCACCGGAGAGAAACACUUCGUCGACAUUUGUGGGGCCUCACAUGGAAUCAAAGCGAGAGGAUCACUGCGCCUCUCCUCGUCUCUCGUCGUCUCCCGUUUCUCUUCCUUCGGCCUCGUCUCCUCCCGCUUGCCCGCACUCUCGACAAGAAGGCGUCUCUCCCCCUCUUCAAGAAAAGCUCUCUCCUCUCGACAGCAGCUCGGAAGAGGAGUGUUUUUCUGCGUCCGACUCCUCCCGAGCAACUCGGUCUUCUCUCGUAGAGUCACACAAGCUCUCGAGUUCCGCGGAAGACCCUUCGUCUUCGUUUUCCGGGGCCUUUUCGCAGGCUUCUGCCUCUCGGAACCUUCCCGAGAAGACCGCAGCUGAGGAGGAAGACUUUGUAGAAGACUCGACGUCUGACGACUUCUUCCAUUCGCCAGACCGCAGAUGUUCAACCAGAGACAGCUCUUCUCACUCCUCGACUUCCGCGUUCACGGAAGGCGCCAUUCGGGGCCUGGGGGGCGAAGAGCCGGAGCCUGCUGGCGAGCUGCGCGCCAGCGUCUCAGAGGAGCCAGGCAGUUCUCCCGCACCGAGAACAGAGUCAAAAGUCCGCACAAGCGACGCAGGCGACCUCGACGUCUGGAUCGCAGGCUUCCACAGAAACCCCCCAGAAAUCCUAUCCGAGGCGGACCUUUGGCGCGUGUGUCAGAGAAUCAAACAACUUCUCGUUGAAGAGAACAACGUCCAGCCGGUGCCGGCGCCGUGCAUCGUGUGCGGGGAUAUCCACGGCCAGUUUUUCGACUUGCUCAAGUUGUUUGAAGUUGGCGGGAACGUGGGGGAGCAAAACUACAUUUUUCUGGGGGAUUACGUGGACCGGGGGUACAACAGCGUGGAGACAUUUGAGUACUUGAUGCUGCUGAAGCUGAAGUAUCCCCGGCACAUUACGUUGCUGCGCGGGAACCACGAGUCGCGGCAGAUCACGACGGUGUAUGGGUUCUACGACGAAUGCGUCCGGAAGUACGGGAACGCAAACCCAUGGAAGUUCUGCACAGAGGUUUUUGACUAUCUCGCGCUCGCGGCCGUCAUCGACGACUCAGUCUUCUGCGUGCACGGGGGCCUGUCGCCGGACUUGAAGCUGCUCGACCAGCUCCGGCUGAUCUACCGCGUCCAGGAGAUCCCCCACGAAGGAACCUUCGGCGACAUCGUGUGGAGCGACCCUGACGACGUCGAGGAAUGGGCCGAGAACCCGCGCGGCGCCGGCUGGCUCUUUGGAGACAAAGUGGUGAAGCGCUUCAACCACCUGAAUGGCCUCGAACUGAUCGCGCGCGCCCACCAACUCGCUAUGGAGGGCUUUCGCUACAUCUUCCCUGACAGCAGCGUCGUCACCGUCUGGUCUGCGCCGAACUACUGCUACCGGUGCGGCAACGUCGCGGCUGUCAUGAAGCUUGACUCCGCGCUGCGAAGGAGAAUGCUCAUUUUCAAGCAAACCGACGAACACCAAGUCGCCACCCGCGCGCGGGCCAUUGCGCCCUACUUUCUCUGAGAUACAGCGUAUGCGUAGGGGGAGGGGAGGAGGAGGUAGGCAGGGGGAGGAGGUAGGCAGGGGGGGGGGAUAGGCGGGGGGAGGGGACGACCGUACGUACACAGUCUACAGACCCUGCAGCUGCAGGUCACCCGGAGAAAAGAGAGCACUCGAGUGGUGCAGGUGUCCACACCAGGCGUGGGACGCGUUCACACAGCUGCGAGAGAAAUGCCAGGCUCCCGCGAAGGCGACCCGUGCAAAGUCGAGAGACAGAAGCCAAGCAAGAGCGGACGAAGAAACGGACCAGACAGAGAGCAUGGGCGCUUCUCUGUCGAGCGGAACACGGUGGGGGGAAACACGGGUGGGACUGGCGACAAAACCUGGAGUGUCGCGACCCCUGGUUCGGACGUUUUUUGGCUUCGUUGUGUCUUUUUCCAGGGAUCCGGGACCACGCGCUUGCAACGCAGACAGAUGCAGAGAAGGGAACUCGAUUCGAGAGCAGACCAAAGCCUGAGUGCGGGUUAGGAACUGCUCACCCAAGUCGAGAGGCUGUCCGGUGAACAGAAACGCUACACGUGACGGAAGGUGGUACAAGCGAUAGGGUUAAAACAAGAAGAGCCGUGGGAGGCAGACGCCCUGCGACGUCGAGACAUGGCGGGACUUCCGUUAAAAGCGUAGAGCGAUCAUUCAUAAUGAGAGAACUUGAGGAACGGGUGAGAUAUCUCUCUUAGAUUAGCACUGGCGCACAGUGGUUCGUCCUAUAAGCCACGCCCAGUCUUCCGUACAUAUUCGUUCUAUGAGUCAAUGCUGGUUUAAGAAGUCCAGGUUCAACCGGGGUGCGAUCCACUGGCAGGGUAUGGAAACGGGGACGUGAACGACCACACAUUGGAGAUACCCACAGAGGCUAGGUUGGCGCUGAGCCGCCGCGCGGGCCAAUGGGCCAAUGCUCAUUCGGCAUGUGCUUCGUGGUUCCAAUCAAGCUGGCGGGAUCGAACAACCCUGCUCGCUUUAGAAUUGAGUGGUGGAGCCAGUGAAACAACGGACAGGAGGGGGACACUGGAAAGCAAGUGGAUCGUGGAGCAGAACGGAGAGGAUCAACGCGGACAGCAGAGCGCAGAAACGCAGCAGUGUAUGUGCGUCUGUAGCACCGGGACCAUCUUGUGAUGCUCGAGACGGAGAGGCGUCCUCCCAUUCACCUUUGUGUGCGUGUGGCCAAAUUAUGUCGCGUAGCAUCGGGCAGACUCUCUUCGACAUGCAGAUACUCAGCCGUUGUUAGCGGAUGCACCAGAAGAGAGGUGCUGUUUCUAAGGGGGGCGAGGGAUAGAAAAGAGAGAAACGAGGGAGACACAGGCACGGUGCCGCGCCUCUAUGCUGUGUGACGAGGAGCGUCGCAGCACACCCAACCGGCAAAGAGAAGAGCGAGGGAGAACGGCCACAGAACCGGAAGGGCGGAACCGAGGGGAAAGAACCGUUGUUGAUGGCCAUGUGAAUGUUCGCGUAGAUUUAAGUCCACCCUUGCUUCAGCUUGGUCGCUUUCACCCUCUGCGCACAUGCGUCACCAGUGGUAACCUAAUUCUUCAUUAAACCUACGGAGAUUCGCCUGUGGCGACAUUCGCUGUGGGCUGCACACCGCUCCCGCGUCGCCUGCUCUCUCAUAGGUGCAGCGACUCCGUAGCUUUGUUGUGUAAAAGGACAAACGUCGAGGAGAGGUGCGUCUGAGUUUUUAAUCCGUUACAC